CUCGUUUUAGCAUAAAAUGUCAAGGAUGUUGUUUGAGUCUGACAACGAUGUAAACUUCCGGCUAAAAGAUAAGUAGAUAUUGAGCAAUUUUUGGUAUUUCAUCUCUGAUCAGACAGCAUGUCCAGUAAACUGACCGCUCCGCGUAUGAAGGCCAAACUGGCGAUGACUACGACGGGAGUGACCAAGGAUGUUAUGAUAUCAUAUGACCAGAUGGACGAAGACAUCACCAAAGAACUGCGAGGAAAGCUGGUAGGAGAGGGAAUCCGGGCUUGGCUGGAGACAGAGGACAUUAUGGGAGGAGCUGACAUAUUUGCCAGGAUAGGACAGGCUGUCGUGGACAGUAGUAUCUUCCUGUUUGUGAUGAGCAGGGAAUCGGUCCAGUCUAAGAUUUGUCAGGACCAGCUCGCUCUAGCUUAUGUCUCCAACAAGUCCAUUCUUCCUGUGGCUCUUCUUCCCCAACAAGAACUCCUCAAUCUCAUGGAUAAUGGAAUGCGCUUGGAACUUGCUGGAUUUGAGUGGUUUCACUUGUCUAAAGAAAAAUUGACAGAAAACUUGAAGGACAUUACCAACCAAGCUUUCAAACUCCUGGAGGAGAUUAAAGAGAAGGAAAAUAAAGGAAAUGCCAAGGCCAAUGAGUCACCUGUCAAAUCAAGGAGAAUGCUGAAUAGAUCAAUCUCUCGGAAAUUCAGUUCAAAUGAGUCAAAACUUUUUCUGGAGGAUGGUUCAGUUUACUGGUCACGAUCGUUCGGCAAAUCUGUCAACGUUGGCUGGGAAAAGUUUAAAGGUCAAAUUAUGUCUGACUUCAAUGAGGAAUUUGAAAAGACCUUUGGAGAAGAAGAUACGGAAUGGCUGCUGGCGAUCCUACACCGAGAGCUGGAGAUCGGUGCAGAGGAAAUCGUAAACAAAGCCAACUACAUAGAUUUCUGUACCAUUGAUGACCAGAUCCGACCGCUGUGGAUGCGAAUCCAGGACCAGGCUCGAGAGAGUUAUGCCAUGCGAGAGGUAUUCAAAAUGGACUCCUCUGUCCGUGUCCAGGCCAUCGAAAACUUAGGAAAGUUCAAAAGCUCGACAGUCAUCGAUGCAUUACGAGACUUGUUAUCUGACAAAGACCCCAACGUACAAGCAGUAGCCAUCAUUUCAUUGGCCAGAACAGGAGCCAAUGACGAGAAGACUGUUAAAUAUGUUAUGCGAUGUCUCUGCUCUAAAGACAGAAUUGUUCGAGAGGCCUGUUGUCUUUCCCUUGGUGUCAUGAAAGCAACAGUAGCCAUAGAAAAACUGGUGGAUUUAUGGCGGAAUGACAUAAUUUCUAAUGUACGUGAGGCGGCUCUUGCUGCUCUGAGGCGUAUCGGAGGAGAAAAGGCGGAGGAAGCCAUCCGUAUCACCACUGUUUUAGAGAAAGAGAUUCGGCAUCUGAAGACGAGCUAAAAACUGGUAGUCUAUAUGCUAUACCAUGUAGUCUAGAACAUCUCGAGACAAUCCAAGACACACAAUUAAAAAAAACCAGGUGAUGUCUUGCUGUCUGGAUAAAGAUCUUGUUGGAUCUAACCGCCACACAGAGACAUUGUUUAGAGUGUCAGUAGGGAGACCUGAUCUGAGGUGUACUUUAGCUUGUGGCGGAAAGAAAUCGUACUUCUGAGACAAAUUUAAGAUAACUGUUUGUGCCUACUUUAGAAGCCAUUUUCCGUUGCCUGAUAAAUUAAACUGAUUCAUCUGUUGAGUGUUCUGAUCAGUCGUCUUUCUUUCUACGGUAUAUGUACCUAAGGAAAUACAAAUACAAGUGUAGGGAUUAAAGUCUACCAGUAUGUUGCAUAUUUGCUUGUAGUUGAGGUAAGUCACAGCUGGGUGGUUAAGGACCCAGAUACUAAACAUAUACAUGUAGACGUGUAUAUAUAUCUACACAUAGAUAUACAGUCUCAUUCAUAUACAACGGUAAUGAAAUAUGAUAAUAGACAGUAGAGUUGGGCUGAUGAUAAAAAAGAAUCGAAAAGAAAUUAAAAAUUCAUCGAUGACAAUUUUGAAAAAGCAAUUAAUCGGAAAUUUUCAAAAGUGUUCGUAAAACUUUGACUUCACAUAUUAUUGUAAUGUUAUAUUUUAUCGAUAUAUAUUCAUUUGUCGUUUAUAAGCAAUUAAGGAGAUUUGAAUAUAUUUACAACCAUUAAAUGCUUUGUUUGUGCUCAUGCAGUAUUCAAAAUAUUGAUAACCAAAGCUAAGACAUGUAAUAAAUGUAUGUAUACAUUUUCUAUAAAAGCACAAUUAUGUGUUAAAUUUAGAAAACCUCAGCAAGAAAUUAAUAUGUCAGAAAGAGAGUUAUGCCAGUUUUGUCAGAAAGAGAACACCAAAUUUACUGAAAGUCUAUUCCUCAGCCUUCACACGUAGGCUUCCCUUUACUUAUCAGAUUGUUAUGAGGUAAAGAGGAAUGAAGAGAAAAGCAGAGAUAUAUUGUUUUCUGGUUGGGAUACACGUAUCAUAUCUACAUACAAUAUAAUACUCAGGGGUGAUUCUAUAUUUCGGUAUCAUAAAUUCCCUUUAAACCGUUGGGUAUUAAUAUUGGUGACUAUUGAUUUGUUACUUUGAAUUAUUGAUGUACAUGUAUAUUUUAUGAUACCAGAUGACAUGAUAUUAAAGAGAAAGGCAUCAAAAGGC